UAUAUUAGAAUGGUAGUGUGAUUGAGUUCAUACAUACAUAACAAGUCAAUACUCUUCCUUAAAUACCUCAAUACUUGAUCACAUUCACACCAAAUUACCUCUAUAAUCAAAUUUAAUUCUUUAAUCUCUCUCUUUGUGGCUCUAUGGCGGAGGUUGAGGAAAGAAACAUAUCGGGGAUCAAGCUGUUCGGGACAACGAUCCCGAUCAUUCAGGAACGAUCAGAAAAAGCGGGUGAUUGUGAUCGUGAAUCAUGGAAAGCGGAAGAUCGGGCGGCUGAGAAGAGGCCGGAGAAGAUCAUCCCGUGCCCGAGGUGCAAAAGCAUGGAGACGAAGUUUUGUUACUUCAACAACUACAAUGUUAAUCAGCCCCGACACUUUUGUCGGGGCUGCCAGAGGUACUGGACCGCCGGCGGGGCCCUCCGCAACGUCCCCGUCGGAGCCGGCCGCCGCAAAAAUAAGCCGGCGACAUCGGAGGGGUGCUUCUUCGAUGCGCCGAUGAUGGAGGUGGCGGAGCAUGGCGGUUUUGAGGCGGCGAAGAGGAGGAGAUGCGAUCUCAAUAGUCAAAGUUGCUGAGAUAUCCGAUUCUUUGUCUUUUAGUUUAAGGAUGUAUUUAAUCGUGGAAAAUAGAGAAUAGAAUAUGCUCGUUUUUCUACGUUUCUUGUUGUACAUAUGCUCUCCUUGUACUAGUUGGUUAUUUUAAAUUUUUGUAUAUGAUUUAACUAAGUAUAGCUAGCGUUGAAAAUGCAAGUAAGACGCGUAUAGACUAGGAAGCUAGUUUAUGUGUAAAAAUAUAUGGUAAUGAAUUGGUCUUACAAGUUAUAUGGUUUUUGAAAAAUGGAGUAAUAUGAAAUUAGCCUCGUGAUUUUUCAA